UUUGGUGUGGGUGACGCCUAAGUGGAGCUCACAUCUUCCAUUCUCUCUUAUAACACACAAAUUCCCACCUCUCUACUCUUCUUUGUCAGUUCCCACUUUCUCUCUGCUCCAACUUUCACGGAAAUCAUUCAUUCUAUUUCUCUCUCAAGCUGAUAAGGGAGAGAACUUAGAGAAGGAAAAAUGGAUUAUGUUUACGCACCUGGAAAAAACCAUCUCUUUGUCCCGGGGCCGGUGAACAUACCCGAACCCGUUCUGCGGGCAAUGAACCGAAACAAUGAGGAUUAUCGUUCUCCUGCUAUUCCUGCAAUGACAAAAACUCUUCUUGAGGAUGUGAAAAAGAUUUUCAAAUCAACUGCUGGAACCACGUUUCUGAUUCCCACUACAGGUACUGGUGCUUGGGAAAGCGCUCUUACGAACACGCUUUCUCCUGGAGAUAGGAUUGUGUCCUUUCUGAUUGGCCAGUUCAGCCUUCUCUGGAUUGAUCAGCAGCAGCGCCUCAACUUCAACGUCGAUGUUGUGGAGAGUGAUUGGGGCCAGGGUGCCAAUCUUGAUGUCCUGGAAUCUAAGCUUGCAUCUGAUGGUGCACACACAAUCAAGGCAAUUUGCAUUGUCCACAACGAGACAGCCACCGGUGUCACCAACGACCUGUCAAAAGUUCGGUUCCUACUCGAUAAGUACAAGCAUCCAGCUCUUUUACUAGUCGACGGAGUGUCUUCGAUAUGUGCACUUGAUUUUCGGAUGGAUGAAUGGGGAGUCGACGUCGCUUUAACCGGUUCCCAGAAGGCUCUGUCUCUCCCUACAGGAAUUGGAAUCAUAUGUGCCAGCCCCAAAGCAUUAGAGGCAUCCAAAAAUUCAAAAUCAGUGAAGGUCUUCUUUGACUGGAAAGACUAUCUCAAGUUCUACAAACUAGGAACAUACUGGCCAUACACUCCUUCCAUUCAGCUCUUGUAUGGACUAAGAGCAGCUCUGGAUCUACUUUUCGAGGAAGGUCUCGACAAUGUGAUCGCUCGACACAGCCGACUCGGCAAAGCAACAAGGCUUGCUGUGGAGGCUUGGGGGUUGAAGAACUGUACACAAAAGGAGGAAUGGUUCAGUGACACAGUGACUGCAGUGCUUGUUCCUUCUUACAUUGAUAGCUCAGAAAUUGUGAGAAGGGCAUGGAAAAGGUACAAUUUGAGCUUGGGACUUGGCCUGAACAAAGUUGCUGGCAAAGUUUUCAGAAUUGGACACCUUGGAAACCUUAAUGAGUUGCAACUGUUGGGAUGUCUUGCUGGGGUGGAGAUGAUACUGAAGGAUGUAGGGUACCCUGUUAAACUGGGGAGUGGAGUUGCUGCAGCUAGUGCAUACUUGCAGAAUAACAUCCCUCUCAUUCCUUCAAGGAUUUAAUGUAUCUGCCAUGCCCAUAUGUAAUUAAUUUCCAUUCUCUUCACCACCAAUUCUCUGUAAAAACAUCUCAAUAUGCUACUUCUGUUAUACAUUUCAAUUUACUCGGUUUGAUUACCUUGGCAA